GAACACAAGAAGGAUAAAAAGGGAAGAAGAACAUCAAAAACAAAUCUUCGAUGUAGGUGUCGUAUAGUUGUAGGAAUUUAAGAAUUUCAGAGGAGAGUGGGCACGAAUCACUACCCGUGGAUUCUCAUUCUACCCAACUCCCAUGUUCCCCAGAUUCAAUUCCCAUUUAUUAUUCUCCUCCUUCAUCAUCCCCCUUUGUUAAUCGCCAUGAAAAGGUUCUGAAACUAUCUUUAAGGCUGAAUUUUUUCCGAUAUUUGAAUCCGAGGCUUUUACAAGUCUGAAUUGAUUCAUUCGUUCAUUGAUUCAUUGGUUUUGUUGCCAUGUCUUUCCGUAGACGGACUUUGCUCAAGGUUAUCGUUCUCGGUGAUAGUGGGGUUGGUAAGACGUCGUUGAUGAACCAAUAUGUGCACAAGAAGUUCAGUCAGCAAUAUAAAGCUACAAUUGGUGCAGAUUUUGUCACAAAGGAACUUCAAAUUGACGACAGGCUUGUUACGCUUCAAAUAUGGGAUACAGCUGGACAAGAAAGAUUCCAAAGUCUCGGAGUUGCAUUCUACAGAGGGGCAGAUUGUUGCGUUCUAGUCUAUGAUGUUAACGUGAUGAAGUCAUUUGACACACUUGACAAUUGGCACGAUGAGUUUCUCAGACAGGCAAACCCACCAGACCCUAGGACGUUUCCAUUUAUAUUGCUUGGAAAUAAGAUCGACAUUGAUGGUGGAAACAGUAGAGUGGUCUCUGAGAAGAAAGCUAGGGAAUGGUGUGCUUCAAAAGAAAAUAUUCCUUACUUCGAGACAUCAGCUAAAGAGGACUACAAUGUCGAUGCUGCUUUUUUAUGCAUUGCCAAGACUGCAUUAGCCAAUGAACAUGAGCAGGAUAUAUAUUUCCAAGGAAUCCCUGAAACCGUCGUGGAGACUGAGCAACGAGGUGGCUGUGCAUGCUGAACCCAGAAAGUGAGACUCGGGGGCUACAGAACUCAUCCUUUUGGUUCCAAUUCUUAUACAUUUUUGCUGGCUUUGUCAUCCAUAACUAAUCUUUCAUUUCAGACCUUUUAUUCCAUUACCUAACCGCCUAGACUUGAAUUCCUCGUCUUCCUUUUCUUGAGGUAAGAAGUUUGUGGGAUGUCAUGAGUCUGUAGGAUCCAUUAUUUCAAGGAUUCUCACCAUCACAGUCUUCCUGAGUCGAUAGUUUCUGCUUCUGCCCAUCUGAAUUUCUUCUUAUGUUCAGGACCUUUCUUAUUAUGUUUUUUUUUUUUCUUUAUUUCUUUUUGGCGGCUUCCUGUUUGAUUCGAACUCAUUUUUGUGGAACUGAGAAUGGACAAAUUGGUUCUUUUUUCUUUAA